AUGUAUACUAAGGGAUUUAUCUCGGGGGCCGUUAUUAUUGGUGCAGCAGCCGCUCAACAGACGGCUUGGGGACAAUGUGGCGGUAGUGGAUGGACUGGGCCAACGACAUGCGUGAGCGGUUAUACAUGCACCUAUUCCAAUGACUGGUACUCUCAGUGUCUACCAGGAGCCGCAGGGACCACGACAAAAACCACGACUACCACGACUCGAGCGGCAACCACGACUACCGCCGCAUCGAAUCCGACGCCUACGUUGUAUCUCUGCGGUGACUCUACUAUGGCUAAGAGUGGAGCUAACGACGGUUCUACUGAUGGCUGGGGCAAUCAAGUUGCCAAAUAUUUCACCGGAAUCACAGUAAACAACCAAGCUAUCGGCGGACGUAGCGCAAGAAGUUAUACCCGUGAGGGUCGCUUCAACACCGUUAUUGGUCUCGUCAAGGCCGGAGACUUUGUGGUUAUCGAAUUUGGUCACAACGAUGGUGGUAGCUUGACUAGUACCGAUAACGGAAGAACAGACUGCCCUGGAACGGGCUCGGAGACUUGCCCAGUCACUUAUAAUGGCGUCGCCGAAACCGUCCUUACUUUCUCCGCAUAUCUUGAAAAGGCAGCCAACGCCCUCAAGGCCAAAGGCGCAAUCGUUAUAUUGUCCUCACAGACUCCUAACAACCCUUGGGAAGGCGUGACAACAUUCCCAAGUACUAGCAAUCCCGUUCGAUUUGUUCCAUAUACCGAAACUUCGGCAUCUAGGACUGGUACUACAUAUGUCAACCACUGGUUGUAUUCUAUGGACCUUUACAAGAGACUCGGUGCCUCUGCGACCAAUGCUGUUUAUCCUAAGGAUCACACACAUACUAGUCCUACUGGUGCUGAUCAUAUGGCGAGGUCCUUUAUCAAGGGACUGCAAUGUUCUUCGAAUGCUUUGAAGAAUAAGAUCAAUGCUAGCGCUGCUAGCGUUGUGUCCGGAAGCUGCUUGUAA